UCAGCACUGUUGACACUCAGACUCAAUCCUGGAACACUCCUGAGCUGUCAACACUACCAAAUAGGUUCUAUAUGGACAGAGAAGAAACUCUCUGUUCGCGAUUGCAGUUUUAAGUUGUUGCCCUUUUUAAUCUAAAAAAGCAACAUUUCGGUCAGGAUGGCUGCAGCUGACGCGAUGAUGUCUGUCAUAACAUCUUUUCCGAGUGUCCAGCCGAUGGAAGGAAAACACGUCGACAAUCUGUGCAAGGUGGCUGAGUGCGCACGGGGCAGCGCAAGAGGUGGCGCAGACCAGCCGCUCAUCGAAGUUGAGUUCAGCAUCGUGCAGUCUCCUGCUGUGCCUCCCAGAGACGACGACGAGUUGGGAAAAUUCUUGGAUCUUGAAUUCAUUUUGUCCAACACCAUCGGCUCGGAUGUUGGAAGCAACAGCAGCAACGGUAACAUUUCUCCGCCGCAGAAGCAGUGCGCGUAUUCCCUGCCCGAGUCACCCGACAGUUGCAGCGGUAGCUCUGUGCCGGACUGCAGCGAGCACCCUCCUUCUCACCUGGCAGCGCAGAGCUAUCACGGCACAGCGAGCUUCACAGGCCCGGGCCCAGUGCGCAGUCUCAUGGCGGAGCUUCUCACGCCGGAGGUGAACUACCCAGUGGACAGUUUAUCGGACAGCGCAGGCAAAGUGAGAGACGUGCGGGAGUACACCGAGCUGCAAGCGUUGAAUCCUGUCACUAUUCCAGUAGUAGCUACGUCUCCGCCACCAUUUGGAUACAAAAUUAAAACCGAGCCUGUAGGUCAAUCUUGUAUGAUGGCUGCAGGUGGAAGGGACUUUAUGGGACAAGUGUAUGAGAGACACCAGAUGCACUCCGUGCAACCAGCUUUUACGCACCACCAGGCUGCAAUUCCAGGUUUCGGUGUACACCCCAUGCAUCACCCCGAACCUCAGGGACACACAGACUGCCAUUUGGCUCAAAUGAACCCUAUGAGCUGUGAUUAUCCCAAUCAACACCAUCCCCAAAGCCAAUACAUGAGCGCGCACUACCAGCAGCCGUACGCACACCAGAGUUUGCCACAGUUUCAAGGACAGUAUCGCAUGCACAGAGAGCCUGUCCGCGUUCACCAGCAGCAUCAUCCGGCGUCUGUACAGGGCCUGAUGCUCACCCCUCCCUCGUCGCCAUCGUUGAUGGAGUUCUACGCGCACGAUGACGUAGGGAUCAUCAAACAGAAGCGAGGUCGCAGGUCUUGGGCCAGAAAACGCGCCGCGACGCACAAUUGCGAGUUCCCUGGCUGCGGGAAAACCUACACCAAGAGUUCCCACCUCAAAGCCCACAUGAGAACACACACAGGUGAAAAGCCGUAUCACUGUAACUGGGAAGGCUGCGGCUGGAAGUUCGCCAGGUCAGAUGAGCUCACCCGUCACUUCAGAAAGCACACUGGACACCGACCUUUCCAGUGUCACCUGUGUGAGCGCGCGUUUUCCCGUUCAGAUCACCUUGCUCUCCACAUGAAGAGGCAUAUGUAGUCCAAAUUUAAGUUAUGGACACUUUUGUUUUGAAAUCCAUCAUGGGAUCAUGUCUGGAGCAUCCGAGACAAAACGCAUUUUGUUCAUCUUUCCCAAAUCAAUGAAAUAAAACGUUCCUGUAGGGACUUGUGUGCCUUGACAAAGAGUUUAAAGCAAACUUAUCAUACCACAAAUUCAUCUCCAUAUCCAGAACUUUUCAAAAGUCAAGUGCCUUUCCAUCAGAGAAACAGAAUGAAUGCUGAUGGUUUCUGUAUAUAUCUGUGGAUAUAUGAAUAUCUGUGGCUAAAUUAUAGUACUCUGUAUUUAAGAUGUUCUUCAUUCUGUCUUUCAGAUAAGUUAUUAAUUGUUAGUGAGUGACUUAACAAGAUGGCUUUUGCUUCCCAAAAGGGAAAACUCACUGUGGGCAGGACCCUGAAUGUUGUACAUAUGUAAAUUGUAUUUUUGUAAUGUUUACAUUGCUUUUAUCUUUGAUACCACUCAAAUCAGAUCAGGGUUUUUACUAAGAUUUUUAAAUGUAUUUUCUCAAGGUUGCUGUUGGUUUACACAAUAGAUAUUUUAAAUUUGUCAAGUGUUCAGACCUUGUUCUGAUCUGAUUCUGAUCUUGUUGACAAAUUCAGGUACUAAAACUAAUUUUCAAUCCCAUUUUGAGAAUCCCAAGCAUCAUGUGUCAGUGCACCCUCUCUUCACCCAGUUCACAUGUUACAGCUCAGUGUGCCUAAUUAGUGUGCCAUUAACACACAUGUAUUUUUUUAUGGAAGAUGUCUUUUUUAUUAUGAAUGAAGAAAUCCUCUGCAACCAAUGGUUGGAAGUGUUCUACUUGAAAUUGCCUCUCAGAUGUAUAUUUUUUCCCCAAGAAUGCAAUUGUUUUUAUGUGCUCAGAAAAUAAAAGUGCUUUAACAAAACUA